AUGGUGAUUACGUCCGAGCAGAUCGGCGCCGCCGAGGGCGCCUUCGAGAAGAUGCCGCUGUCCGAGAAGAUCGAUGCCAUCAAGGCGCUCGCCCGCGCGGAGCGGUCCGCUGCCGCCAACCCCUACGGCUUCCCGCUGUCCAGCACUGGUACUACUUUAAAAUAGAAGUGUAUGUUUUUUCGACUGCUCAAAGGUAGGGAUUAUGUUGGUUGUUGCAGGUGGAGAUGUUGACAAGUGGUAUUGGAAAGCACCAGAUUUCAUUUCGAAAGCUGUACACUAUUCUGCUGAACAUCGAAAGGGAAAAAGAAUCGCGGAGCAUGAUGAUCAUAUGAUUGUUUUGCAGAGACUUUUUAGAGACAGAAACAGUCAUCUGGUACUUCCGCAUUGACUUUUCACGACGCUUCUUGAAAGUGCAGAUGGAAACGUACCUACACUCAGGUAUCCCGAUCGUCCAGGGCAUGAACGACGACAGCGUGUUGGGCUCCCACGACAUCGUCGGUGUCACCUUCGUACGCGCUGUGAAAGCUGCCCUCUCUUGGUUCUUUCUCAUCGGUUCUUUAAAGUAACUGUCCCUGUCUGUUGUUUGUAACGAGAAGUUGCGAAAUAGUAAGUGCGGACCGGCGCAGUAAGUAAGUAAUCAUGCUUGUCGUUGUGGACUGGUACAAUAAUAAGUUCACGUGCUGUAUCACAGAGGGGCUUUUGCAACAAGUGCAUAUCGGUGGAUUGCGUGCGCGUCCAUGUUGGCGGGUUCCGUGUUCUUCUUCUCCGAGCGGGCCACCGUCCCAGAAAAGUGGAAGACCUCCGUCACCGUCGCGGGUCUCGUUACCGGCAUUGCCUUCUGGUAUGAAAGUUUAGUUUCUGUAAAAACAUGACUCAUGAACAUGAUGCAGAUGAACAACAAACCUAGCGAACUUCGAUGAGGUCGUGACUUGAUUUUUUCAAGAACACCCUGGCACAAUCAAGAAGAUAUGUGGACAAAAUAAUCAGGAACUACUGCUUCAUGCGUGAGUCAUGGGUCGAGACCCAGACCUCCCCAACGGUGUACCGGUACACGGACUGGCUGAUCACUGUGCCACUGCAGAUCAUUGAGUUCUACCUGAUCCUGAAGGCCGUCCUGCCCAACAUCAGCUCCGCACUGUUCUACCGCCUCAUGGCCGAGUCCGUCCUCAUGUUGCUGUGCGGCUGGGCCGGCGAGACUGGAAUCGUCUCCGUCCUUUGCGGCUUCAUCCCGGGUAAUAGCUGGUUUUAGUUUUUCUGACAAGCAGUAGUUGAGGAACUGAAGAAAAUUUCUCUCCCUUGUCGUGCGAUGCAUCGUCGUAUUUAUUAGUCUCAGAGUAGAAUUGCAGUUGCAUUGCAGUCAUGUUUAAAGUAGUAGCCGCAUUAGUAGCUUUAGAUGGGGAGUACGCAAUGAAAGCUACACUUGGAUGGGUGCGAUGAAAAAAAUUGCAACGACGGCACAAAAUCCUCGACAUUCACAGGUAUGCUGUGCUGGUUCGCCCUCAUCUACGAGAUGUUCACCGGUGAAGCUGGUCAGUUGGCUGCUGUAUGAGAUGAAACGUCGGCGCGCUCGCACAUGGCUACACCACCGAGUGAAAUUGUUAGCAGGAUAGGAUUUUAGUUUGCAUUGCAAUCAUCGACUCGGCGGAUGUUGGGGGCAUGUGAAAAAACCGGGCACAUUGGCAUUUCUACUCCGCUUGUCAGAAACACGCUGCUCCUUGCGCCGACCGCUUAUGCUUGAAGCGGAAGAUGUAAUCUGGUAACUUCUGGCUUUAAAUAAACGCAUGGUGGUGUCCUGCUAUCCAUGUGCUCGCGACCUCAUUUUCCGCUGCAUAGCCUGGCUGCGGGAACAAGGCGUGCCUCUCUGCCUUCAACACCAUGCGCCUGAUCAUCACCGUUGGCUGGUAUCAUCAUGUUUCUUUUCCUAUGGUGCCAAUAGACACGUGUAAUAACUGGAGAAGACCACAUGCUAUUGUCUUGUCGACGACACAGAGUUCGUCCUGCACAAACAAAUUUGGUAUCAAGAAGUACUUGUGAGAAACUUUAUAAUUGAAUCAAAACAGGGCCAUCUACCCGUUGGGCUACUACCUGACCUUGUUGGGCCCCUUAUGAAAGAUGACUGGACCCCCCCUCUCUCCAAGAUUGAUUCCGAGGGAAUCAUUGAGCACCGCGUUUAUUGAGCUCUGGUUGGGCAUGCCGCGGUGCAAAAAUCUGCAGAACGCUGCCUUUGAACUAAAGCAUUCGAACUACCGUUUGAUCUUUCUGCAUGUGAGCUAAAAGAGAUUUCGGGGGAGAGGGCUGCUGUCCACUGGCAUAUUCCACCGCCACCUACCACGAGCAGUCCGUCAUCAACAUCAUCUACAACAUCGCGGACUUGGUCAACAAGCUCGCCUUCGGUACUCUAAAGAUUCAGUUGCUCUCUGUGCAACAGUGACAUUUUCAUGCCUUACACUUUGACUUUUUGCUUGCGAGUAAUAGUAUUACGUAGCAGCUCGUUUUCAAUCAUCAGAAACGUGCGUGGUUGAAUUGUUAUUACUUUCAUACCAAUGUGUUGAAAACAAAAUUACAAUUCCACGAACCAACUUCCAAAAACAGGCUUGUGCAUCUGGGGUGCCGCCAUCUCUGACAAGUAA